AUGGCUAAGAUUUCUAUUCCAAAGAACAGAGAUGUUCUUCUCAAACGUAUUGGGAUACUUUUCGUUACAAUCGGUGCUCUAUAUUGGAUUUUCACUGGAUUAAAUGGUAACAUUUCUUCAGAUGUUAGAAAUGUUGGACAUCAUGAACAAUAUGUUUUAUCUGGUAAAGAUGGUUAUAAAUAUAGAAAAGUUUCAUAUGAACCAUAUACUGGUCCAAAGGAAAAAGCAACUUUUGUUACUUUAGCACGUAAUAGAGAUUUAUACUCAUUAAUUGAAUCAAUUAAAUCUGUCGAAGAUCGUUUUAAUUCAAAAUUUCAAUAUGAUUGGGUUUUCUUAAAUGAUGAAGAAUUUACUGAAGAAUUUAAAAAUGUUACAUCUGCAAUUAUUAGUGGUACAACAAAAUAUGGUUUAGUACCAAAAGAACAUUGGUCGUUCCCAUCAUGGAUUGAUCAAGAUAAAGCUGCUAAAGUUAGAGAAGAAAUGCGUGAAAAGAAAAUUAUUUAUGGUGAUUCCAUUUCUUAUAGACAUAUGUGUCGUUUUGAAUCAGGUUUCUUUUAUAGACAUCCUUUAUUAGAUGAUUAUGAUUGGUAUUGGAGAGUUGAACCAGAUAUCAAAUUACAUUGUGAUAUUAAUUAUGAUGUCUUUAAAUUUAUGGCAGAUAACAAUAAAAAAUAUGCUUUCACAAUUUCAAUUAAAGAAUAUGAAGCAACAAUUCCAACUUUAUGGAAAACCACACGUGAUUUUAUUGCAUUACAUCCAGAAUAUUUACCAGAAAAUAAUAUGAUGGAUUUUGUUAGUGAUGAUAAUGGACAAUCAUAUAAUUUAUGUCAUUUUUGGUCAAAUUUUGAAAUUGCUUCAUUAGAUUUAUGGAGAGGUGAAGCUUAUAGUGCUUAUUUUGAAUAUUUAGAUAAAGCAGGUGGUUUCUUCUAUGAAAGAUGGGGUGAUGCUCCUGUUCAUUCAAUUGCUGCAUCAUUAUUUUUAGAACGUGAUGAAAUUCAUCAUUUUGGUGAUUUAGGUUAUUACCAUGUACCAUUCCAUCAAUGUCCAAUCGAUGAUGAUGUUAGAUUAAGCAAUAGAUGUGAUUGUAAUCCAUCAAAGGAUUUCACAUGGAAUUCUUAUUCAUGUGGUUCAAAAUUCUAUUCUGUAAACAAAUUACCAAGACCUGAUGGAUGGCAAGAACAUGCUCAUUAG